UCCAUCAAGGACUCGGCGUCACAGUGGAUGAUGAAGCAGCAGCUCCCCGUGACCGGAAUCGAGCUUACCCUCAUGAAGCCGGAAGCUGGAAAAUGUUAAUUAGCCUCUGUGUCUGUAUGUCAUAUGGCAUUGAAUGUUUGCCAUGUACAGUACAGUCUUACUUACCCAACAUAAACGGGCCGGCAAAACGUUGCAUAAGCGAAUAUGUUGGAUAAUAAGGGGGGCUUAAGGAAAAGCCUAUUAAACUUCAAAUUAGGUUAUGAUUUUACAAAUUAAGCACCAAAACAUCAUGUUAUACAACAAAUUUGACAGAAAAAGUAGUUCAAUACACAGUAAUGCUAUGUAGUAAUUACUGUAUUUACGAAUUUAGCACCAAAAUAUCAUGAUGUAUUGAAAACAUUGACUACAAAAAUGCGUUGGAUAAUCUAGAACGUUGGAUAAGUGAGUGUUGGAUAAGUGAGACUCUACUGUAUGUGUACAUUGUAAACCGCCCUGAGUCCCCUUCGGGAUGAGAAUAUUUAUUUAUUUAUUUAUUUAUUUACAGUAUUUAUAUUCUGCCCUUCUUUCUCACCCCGAAGGGGACUCAGGGCGGAUUACAAUGAACACAUAUAUGGCAAACAUUCAAUGCCAACAGACAGACAACAUACAGUAGACAGACUCGGAGGCAUUUUUAACAUUUUUUCCAACUUCACGAUUCCGGCCACAGGGGGAGCUGUUGCUUCACCGUCCAGUAGUGGCUGUACUUCCUUAUUCCUUUCCUCGUGUUUUGCUGGCAGUUUUAUGGUGUUGUAAAUUAGUUAAAUUAGCCUCCCGCAUAAAGCGUCCCUAAAUUUCCCUACUUGACAGAUGCAACUGUCUUUCGGGGCUGCAUAGGUCAACAGCAAGCCGAGGCUAUUAAUGGUCGGAGGCUUAACCCGACCCGGGCUUCGAACUCAUGACCCCUCGGUCAGUAGUGAUUUAUUGCAACUGGUUACUAGCCAGAAUAUAAAUACUGUAAAUAAAUAAAUAAAUAAAUAAGUUCAGAUCAGAUAAUUUGGAUUUUAUAUGGCAGUGUUGAAGGAGCCUGGGAUGGACUAGAUGGCCUUUGGGGACCUUCCCUUCUGACUUAGUGAAAAAUAUAUUUCUUGGGAGUCCAGUGGUGUUUCCUUCCCUGGAUAUUUUUAAGCAGAGGCUGGAUGGCCAUCUGUCAGGAAGGCUUGGAUUGUGCCUCCCUGCAUGGCUGAAGUGGGUCAGAUUGGAUGGCCUCUGCGGAUCCCUUCCAUUUCUAUGAAUGUGCAAAUAAGAGCUAUGAGGACUUCUCCCGCGCUUCUUCUCCGGCCCACCACCACCGCCCCCACCACCCCCGGCGGACCCUCCGGAACUGCACCUCCCAGCCAUGCUUCGUCUCCUGCACCUUCUACACCCCCAUCUGCUUGCCGCUGACCCCGGAGGAAAGCCGGCUGACUAUCAAGAGCAUGCAGCGGAGGUCGAAAGCAGAAGUGGACUCUGCCAGCAAAGUAGCGGAGAGCUUUAGCGGAAGCGAGAAAAGCUCUGAGAGGGAAAGGACACUGAAAAUAGAGAACUUGCUGAAGAAGGUGCUGGUGGAAAACCAGCAGCUGAAAAACGCAGUCAUCUUACUGAAGCAGCAAAACAAAGGAAGAGAUAACAGCUCAGAAGACUGCAAGAGGUCGAAAGAAAAACUCCUGACCGAAAUUGGGUCUCUCUUGACCGAAAUUGCUUUUCUGAAGGAAGUGCGGGAACAGCUGCGGUACCAGGACCCGGACACCCGGAGGGAGGCCACCAAGGCGCUGACUGAGAGCAUCCAAGCCAAGCUGGAGGUGGCCCAGGCCAAGAUCGAGGCGGCCGAGGCCAAAAAGGAGACCCUGGAGGCCCACCGGAAGGCGGCCGAGGCCAAGGAGACGGCCGAGGCGGCCCAGGCCCGGGAGGAGAGCCUCCUCUCCUACAUCUCCCGCAUCGCCAGCCUGGCCUAUCAGCAGGCGGCCGAGGCCGAGCACGACUGCGCCCAAGCGCGCCAGGUCAUGGCGACUGCAGAGGCCGUGCAGGCGGCCGCCUUCUCCGAGAGCAAGCUCCGCCGGGGCCACAAGCACCACCACCACCACCACCACCGCAGCAGCGGCCACUGGAGCCACGGAGAGUGCCGGUGCCACCACAACCACCACCAUCACCACCACCCUCCGAGCCACCAGGAGGCACCGAGGAGCCGCUACGAAUCCCAAAGCGAGCCGCCCCACUCUGAACCGGAGACCCUGAGCAGCAGCCGAUGAGGACGGGAUGGAGCCGGAGGAGAGGGAUAACUGACAGGUGGCCCAUGCCACUGUUUUGGGAGCUUGGCACAGGAUUAAAAUAUCUUUGAAUAUU